AUGGAUAUCGUAUCAGUGAAUUCUCUUCCUUACGAGGACUUCGUGGAUGUUUUCGGUAACGUGGUGGAGAAAUGUCCAAUCGUAGCUGCAGCCGUGUGGUCCCGCCGUCCCUUUUCAAGUCUUGCUGACCUAGUGGCCAGUAUCAACGACUUCAUCGAUGCCCUCCCGGAAUCAGGUAAAGAAGGGAUCCUGAGAGUUCACCCCGACCUCGCCGGCAGGGACCUGCAGGGAGGAACUCUGACACCGGAGUCGCGAGAGGAACAGGGCCAAGCCGGUUUGGAUACGCUGACCACUGCGGAGGUAUCACGCAUGGCACGCCUCAAUAAGGAAUACAAGGACCACUUCGGGUUCCCCUUCGUGAUCUGCGCGCGGAUGAAUAACAAGGCGAAAAUCCUGCAGCAGCUGGAGAAGCGUCUAGGGAACGAGCGCGCCCACGAAAGGACGCGCGCCAUCGACGAAGUAAAGAAGAUCUGUCACCUGCGUUUACAGGGGCUGGUCGUCCCGGAUAGGUCCAACAAGCUCUGACGGACUUAAAUGUGUUAUGUGGUCUACCUGCAGUGCUGUGUUGAAUGUGCUGGAACAGUACAUAACCAUGGAUUGAUCAUUGUUGUCCACGAAGGCGUAACUGGGCGUAACUGUGAUUGCACCGAAAGUGCCAAAAAACUCGUAAUUGGUUAAUUAAAUAUGCAGAUGUUAAAUCGAGUUUAUUCAAUUGCAGUCAGAGAUUUAGAUCAGCAUUAGUCUGAAAUAAUAGCUUCAUAAAGAUUUUAAAAUACA